AUGCCGCAGUCAACGCCUGAUUCAGCAAGUCAGCCAUUCCAGGUAGGUUGUGAUUGAAAAAUGCACAGUAGUCAAUAUAGCGGUUUUAUAUACUCGGUUUAUACAAUCUUGUAUUUUCCAAAAACACGAUCUUAGCCUAUGAUUUACGUUUCUAUAAAAAUCUACAUCAUAUAAAUGAGUGUUUUUUUGUAGAUUAUCCUUCCGGUCCAACCUACAAGAACGGAUGAAUCAUUUUUUAAAGGAAUCUUGGAGAAGAUAAAUGUAGAAUUGCGUGGUGUGGCUAGAGGGGACACGAAUUCGAUGCUUCGAAGUCGCAGUUUUGACAGGCUAAGCAACUUUUCCGACGAGCAGCUGGUAGAAGAAUUAAAGACCAUGUGUCCUAUUACAUAUAAACUAUUAGCUUGUAUGCUGGAAUUAGAAAAUUGUAGCGAGAAAAAGAUUGCUGCGCUCAGUUUGAUAUACGGGGUGAUUAUGUUCAAGAGGUGCAAGGAACUCGGCUUUAUCCAAAGCAUUAACACCAUUAUUCUGUCAGACAGCGGUGCGAACACCGAGGUACUGUAGCCUGAUUUUUUUGCAGGGCAGCGUUCUUAAUAAAAGCCGCGUUAGAUGUAUAAGAAGCAAUUUUGACUGAAAAUAAUUGCAACUUGCAAAACAACAGUGAUGAUGUCUGUAUGUCAUUAAAACUGUGCUCAAACUGGCUGUUUAUUAGUACCGGUUAGUACCGGAGAUUUCUAAAUAUUAAUUGAACAUCUUGCAUGCAGUUACAUUGCCGGAUGUUUAAUAACGGCCCAUUUAUUGUUUAUCUAAUAUGAAAAGUCUGAUAAUUUUUUUUCAUGAGUUCUCUAUCCUGAAAAACAUUGUCAUUGAUACAGAAACAAUCUUGCUACCCAUUCAUUUUGUUUUUGCCUGCCUUUGGGAGGCAAAUUGUGCAUUUGUGCCUUCGCAAGAACUUUGGGCAAACAGGGAAACAAAAUAUUGCGAUUCACAAAGAUAAGUUUCCUACUGUUACCACAACUAUAUUUCCUGUUUCGCCAGGGUAGAAGAAAAAUGUCCUUGUAUUAAUUUAAAACACGCGUAGGAGUGCUUUAUCAGAUAUAAAACGCGAGGUGAAAGCCAAACAUUUUAUAUCUGAUAAAGCACGACUACAAGUGCUUUAAAUGGCUUAAAAAACGAUCCAUGUUUAUGAGUUCAUUGGCGAAGUAAUUUUCAAAAUCAACGUUUUUAAGCCGAGAACUGAUCAAAGCUAAAGUAACAUGAAAUUUUAUCACAUAUAUAAACAUCAACAACAGGGUUGUAAUUUUCUUUGUUUUUUUUUUAGUUUUUAAGUAAGUUUAAUCCCAAUGUAUGUGGUAUGCUAAUCCUCAAUGCUAAUGCCUUUUCAAAUGCUUUUUCAUGUUUGAUUGUGCUUCAACUGCUUCAAAAGAAUAACUGUCUGUUUAAAACUUUUAAAUGUAAAUUUUAAUGUUUAAAUACCACAUACAAAUCACAUAAUUGCAAAUUUUUAGACCUAAUAGAUUGUUAAUUCAACUUUGUAUUUCUGAUUAAAUAUACAGUGUAUUAUAUUUUUACACUCUUUCCAGGAAUUAAUGUUGUUAUUCUUACAUUACUUUAUUUUCCUAUUCAGGUUUAUGAGAGGUUCAACAAACUUGGUAUAUGCUUUGAAAAGACAAUGAAGUACAAGAUUCAAGAUGAGAUUGGCACACAUUUCCUGGACAAGGUGGUUGAGCAAGUAAAGGCAGGAAACACUUUUUCAUUUGUCCUGGAUAACAUUGAUUGGGAAGUGAAGGUGCACGAAAUGCGAUCAGAUAAUCAAAACCAAAGUGUACAUGCUGUUGCAACAUCUUUGGUAUUUGAUCGUGUUUCGUGCAGCCAUUUAGAUGACACAGAGCCGCAGCGGUCUUUAGCUGAGACUGAUAUCAAACAGCUUGUCGAACUGAAUGUUAAUGAUGCUGAACAGCAGCGACAAAGUUACAAGAUGAUAGCAGCUAAAAUCCUAUGUGAGCAAAUCCCAGCAUUCAGCUUUCUUAAGACAUUG